AUGGAUCAGGCUGGUUCAUCACGAGAAUCCACCCUGGUCGGACACCUUACCCCAGACACACCCUACAUAGUGAUGAUAGGAGACGUGGGUACGGGCAAGUCAACCAUCGUUGAGAAAUUAUCACACGAAGUUGGCCGGAGCUCUAAAAGUGAUCUCAGUUUUACUCGAACUUCUGAGCAGUUCUGGACGUACGAUAGCAGCAUGGUUAUCAGUGAUACCCCAGGAAGUAACGCAGCUCAAGACAAACUUGGACACAACAUUCACAUAGCUCAUGCUCUAAACUUUAACCCCGUCUGGAGGAUUAUGAUCAUCUCCAAAGCUGAUACCAGGAUGGAUAAUACGCUGGAUGGAAUCAGAAAGUAUGCAGAGCGAAUGCUGGACUUCCCGAUGGACCUGAUGGGAGCUUUGAUAACCCAUAUGGAUACGGUUACUUGGUCUGGUGAAGACUUUAAAAGUUUGCUUGAAAAAGAAUUAGGAAUUGAAACUGUUGUGUUCUCCGGAUUAGAUACCCCGCGGGAGAUUUUACUUGAAGAUAUGAAGGAAAUCUGUGUGAAAGGAGUUGAGAUAACGAUCGAUAACGAAAACUUCUUAAAGGUUUUUAAGAUCAACGACAGCCGUCUGAAAAUCCUGAGAUGCACUAACAGAGAGGUAGAAGAUUUCAAGAAAAAUAAGGCAGGGUUUGAUAAACAGAGAAAACUGUUCGAUAAGGAAAAUGACAAAGUUGAUCUUAUUUUCGAGUUUCAAGCUUAUAUGAGGAGGGAGAUAGAAGCUGCACAACGGAGAGUAGCGGAAGAGAACGACUUCACUUUCUCCGGAGAAGAAGGUGCCAAUGAAGCAGGGCACAUAGCCAACAUGGUGAAUCAGAUGAGAGUGGUACUGUAUGAUGUGCGUGUGGCAGCUGCAGAGUAUCAAAGUGCCCACGGAGUGGAUCAGGCGAGAAGGUGCCCUCAUUGUGACUUAGUCUGGACCAAGGUAGAGGGAUGUGACGGAGCCACAACUUGCGGAAACAGACCUUCGACUUCUCUAGAUCUCAGGGAUCCUAGUUUUGGAAUUCUGGCUACUUUCACGUUCGAACGGUUCUCUGAUGGAAUUUUCUCCAUCUUAAAAAGUGGGAAAAGGAAUAUACCAAAGACCAUCAGCACUGAUCCUUCAAAAUACUACGGUUGCGGUAAUGCUAUUAUCUGGAACGAUAUGCCUAGAGUGGAACUACCAGAGGAGAUGCGAGCAGCAAUACCAGUCACUAUGGAUGAUAAUGUUCCCGUACUAUCAGACAAUCUCCCCGGCGCACAACGUUUCAUGGAUGCUUUGGCUGGAUUACUUGGCUGUGGGGUAGCUAUAAAGAAACCUAAAGGUAAGAAAAAUAAGCCAAGAAAGAAGUAG